UACAACAGACCGCGCGUAGCUGUUACAGACGACACACCUGUCAGAUUGGAAGGGGAAGGAAAAUGCCCUCGUACAACUACACGACAUGUUUCAUGGCCGCAGUGACAUUCGCUGCAAUCACCCUAGCUUCAGCCUCCAUUGGAUCUAGAAUACUAAAAGUGCCGCUUUUUGACGUUGGACCUAUGUGGCUCCAAGCAGUGCGGGAUUUGGGCGCGGAAAUGAAGUCCGUGGUGACAUCUCUCUUCGAACAGGACACGUGGUUGUGCCCUUGGACCUAUGUCAUGUUAGGCAUCACUGGAUUCUGUUUAUAUGUCGGCUACUAUAUCUUCGUUGCGCCCUUGAAUCGAAUAAGACAAAAGUCAGAUUUAGGGUAUGUUCCUCAAGGUGGAAUGUCAAAGCGAGAUAUGGCCAACCUGGUCCAGAAGAGACGCGUUGUCGGGGAUCUACCCCCGGUUUAUCCCAAUGGCUGGUUCGGGGUGAUUGAAGCCCAUGAAGUGAAAAAGGGAGAGUCAAUGAGCAUAGCAUGUCUCGGAGAAAAUUUUGCCGUUUUCCGUGACGAUCAUGGCGAGGUGCACAUUCUUGAUGCCUAUUGCCCACACAUGGGUGCAAACCUGGGUGUCGGUGGGCGUAUUCAUGGGGACUGUAUUACGUGCCCGUUCCAUGGCUGGAAGUUCCGAGGAUCUGAUGGGAAGUGCACAUCGAUACCAUAUGCUGAUAAAGUGCCUGACAUGGCUAAAGUUAAAGCGUACCCAACGUACGAAAUCAAUGGUUGGAUCUACGUCUGGUACCAUGCAGAGGGGGAGGAGCCUUUCUGGUGGCCGGAGGAAAUUAAAGAAAUAACCAAUGGAAGUUGGUCGUAUAGAGGGCGCACUGAACACAAUAUCAAUGCUCAUAUCCAGGAAAUUCCCGAAAAUGGUGCCGACGUAGCUCACUUGAAACAGAUCCAUGGUCCCAUCCUCCUAUCGGGGACGGACAUCCGAUAUAUGUACAGCAAAAUGUGGGACUUUGUAAAACAUUCGUGGGAUGCAUCAUGGAGCGCCCGCACAGACCCAGAUGAGAAGCACAUUGGUUCUUUACAGUUGACGCAUAAUCUAGAAUUAUUUGGUUGCAAAUUUCCUGGGUUAGAACUUCAUGUGGAGGCGCGACAGAUUGGGCCUGGAAUCGUAUACCUAUUUUUCAACAGCAUAUUCGGUAGUGGUGUAUUCGUACACUCCUUGACACCGACUGAGCCACUGAAUCAGAAGAUGGUUCAUAACGUGUACGCGAACUGGACCAUGCCAACCAUCAUUGCCAAGGGGUACCUCUUGGGAGAGGCACUACAGGUGGACCGCGAUGUGAUGAUUUGGAACAACAAACGAUAUGAGCGGCGCCCCCUUUUUGUCAAAUCUGCCGAAGACUCCCUGAUCGGGAAGCACAGGCGGUGGUACUCCCAAUUCUACUCUGAACACAGUCCGAAAUUAAAUUUCCAAAAGGAGACGUUGGACUUCUAGGUUCUUGCAGUCAGAUUAGUCAAAGAUUGUGGUCAUCUUGUCGACAGGUGCAGAGACAAGCACAACAGGAUAAGAGCCAAGAAUGGCGACAUAUUUUCAACAUCACAGGCUGUUUUCAUUCAAAUGUACUGACAAGAUGCUCUGUCGUGGUGUCACAGCAAAGGUUUCGCUCGCCUUCUCUGUGAAAACAUUGAUAUUUGUGAUUGAGAGACAGGUUGUUAUUGUGAUGACAUGGCCGUCCUCAAUACUUGUAGGCUCAUAUGGACUUUCACAGGUGUUAGGAUUUACUCCUGGUCAGGUCAUAAUGUGACCACUCUGAGAACACGCCAAAGUGCAUGAAUAGACAUUAAUGUCAAGAGCUGAUAAAGACUUGUUCUUGAUGCUGUUGAUAAGACUGUAGAUCUGCCCCUCUGAAACAAAGGUGUGGAGAACACUGACUAUAGAUCUCAUACCUGUUGUACCAUAUAUCCAACAUGCUUUCAAUGCUACACCCAUGUUAUUAUUGCAAUUUCAUGUUUGUAAGUUUUUGUCCAUGCUUUUCAAUUGUUUUAAAGGUGUAGUCAGUUUGUGUACAUUGUUUUUGUGUAUCCCAGAGACAAUUGGAUAUUGCUCGAGUAUAUAUAAGCAAGACAUGUCAAUUUGCUUAUAGUUCAUUUCGUGUUUUUUCCCCCUAAAUUCCUAACUUUGGUGUUUGAUGCAUUUUGUAGCAAUAAUCUCCACAUUUUCCUAAUUUGUGCUAGUCAAAUAAAGUGAUUUUUACUUCAAAGUAAGAUAGUCAUGCAUCUAUUAAAGUCAAUUUCUUUGUGCAUUUUGGGCCACACAGUAAAGACAUUGAAUGCUGUCAUGUUUCCAGUCAAAGUUAGUCAAAUGUAUCAGCUGUUUUGUACAGUGGCAGUGUGAUUCGAUCAUGUUAUGACAGUACUCUUGAAUGAAGAGCAUGUUUCUUCACAAAGUAGGAGUUGAGAGUGCUCUGUCAUUUCCACAAUCUAGAGAAGUUAGAUUCUAGAGAAUAUAGAUGCUACAUCUAUUUUGCUUUACCCAAGGGCCAAUUACUGUUAAACAGGUCAGGAACUGGUGGCACGCGCUGUGAAUGUUGCCAUCUUGAAAGUUGUAGUGACUCCUGACUGUGUUUGCUGCUUUCGUACCCCAAGUCUUUCAGAACUGACACCAGUGACAGACUGUGGGACCUUUUCUGUGAUGUGUGACAGUUUCACAAAUUACAUUCAUUGGAACCGACAAGUGCUUCCUUCUUCUGGAUAUUCGACCUUGUCUUGGGGGAUCCAGGGGGAAGUACUUACACUGUAGAAUGUGCACCCACAAAGUCUCCACGCCUGCAAUCAAUGUUCAAAUGACUCCCCGGUAUAGGACUACCCCCGUACACUGCAUGUUCACCUCGUCUGAUUGGUUGCACUAAAUAACUUCCAAAUUAUCAACAAAUUGUAUGUCAUUUGAAAAGUUGUGGGCGUGGACACUUGGGGCGUGUGCUACUCCAGUUUAGAGAUGUAAAGUGGAGUCUUAAGUGCCAUACAAAUUAGCAAUUUUUGUCGCUUUGACCUGCCACGGAGCCACCACAAUACGACAAGUGAUUGCAAUAACCUGUCAAUAGCCAUAACUUUCGACCACAUUCGUCAUUUUGUCAUGGCGCCAUUGCAGAUUGCAGUGACUAAAAUUGCUCCUUUGAGGGUCGCUUAAAAGAGACUCUCUUGCAUAAGGUAUUUCCAAAAGGACAUACCUAAGUAUAAUCAUUAUAUUUUUUGAUCUGUGACAAUAUAUUUAUUUAUUUAUAACACAAGAUCCUGUGCAGGAGCGUUACUUGUAUUCAAAGUGUUGUGAUUCCGAAAACAAGUCUAAAUUUGUCAGUUUUUGUCGAUCCUACAAACAACAGCCAUGAUUGCAAUGAUUUUGGGAGAAGUCGUACAAAUGAAAAUUUGUCUGAUGUAAAUAGCACAUUUUUAGUUGAAUCGAGUUUUUGCUUUACUAUAUUGAAAGGUGAUGCCCUAUCAUAACGUCUCAUCCAAACACUGUGAUGUUCCCUCUUAGUGUGCGACACCAGACUUGAAACAAUUGUCUUUAAUCUCUUCUUUUGCAUUAUUAACAAGUGUGGAUUAGAUAAUAAUACACACUUGCUAAUAGAAGGCAAGUUACUUGUGAGGUAGGAAUUCAGUAGGCCAUCAGGUCUGACUGAACUUGAUAUCUUGAGUAAGCAUGCUUUCUCGAGUAUGCCAUCCCAUCAUUGCAUCAAGUGGAUUGGUGGAUUGCACUCAGAAAGGCCUAAAAAAUUAACUGAGCCCCUUGUCUAGGUGCUCAAAUAAGAGAGCACCUUUCUAAAAACCAAGGCCUCAAGGAAUCAACCGACUCAAAAUAUAAUACUCAUAAGUACUUUCAUUGUUUUUCUGCUACACUUGUACAUAUUCGAUGUGUAAAAUUAUUACUUUGUAGGUAUUUUGAAAAGACUGAAUAAAUGAGGGUUUUUAU